CCACUACCGGACGGAAGGAAGGAAGCAAGGCCGGGGCCCCACCGCCAGCCACCUCAUUCUCUCGUCCCAUGCAAGGAAGCUCAAGCUCCUCGUGCGUCAACCCGUCCUUGGCGGUGGCGGUGGCGCCGCCGGCGCGCCGCAUCGUGGUGGCCCACCGGCUCCCCCUCCGCGCGUCGCCGGACCCGGACUCGCCCUUCGGCUUCGCCUUCUCCCUCGACCCGGACGCGCUCUCGCUCCAGCUCUCGCGCGGCCUCCCCGCGCCCGUCACCUACAUCGGCACCCUCCCUGCCUCGGCCGAAUCCAAGGUCGUCCCCUCCGACGAGCUCGACGGCUACCUCCUGGAGCGCUUCUCCUGCCUCCCCGUGCACCUCGACGACGACCGCCACGCCGAGUUCUACGACGGCUUCUGCAAGCGCUACCUGUGGCCGCUGCUCCACUACGUGCUCCCGUUCACGCCGACCGACGCCGUCGAGAGGCUGCGCUUCGACGCCGCCUCGUACAGGGCGUUCGUCACGGCGAACAGGCAGUUCGCCGACCGCGUGGUCCAGGUGGUCUCCCCGGACGCCGGCGACCUCGUCAUCGUCCACGACUACCACCUCUGGGCGCUCCCCACCUUCCUCCGCCGCAAGUGCCCGCGCGCCGGCGUCGGCUUCUUCCUCCACUCGCCGUUCCCCUCCGCCGAGAUCCUCCACUCCGUCCCCGUCCGCGACGAGCUCCUCGGCGGGCUCCUCAACGCCGACCUCGUCGGGUUCCACACCCUGGACUACGCGCGCCAGUUCGUGUCCUGCUGCUCGCGCCUCCUCGGCAUCUCGUCCAGCACCUCCCUGCGCGGCCACACGGGCAUCGACUACCACGGCCGGACCGUGCUGGUCAGGAUCUUCUCCGUCGGCGUCGACAUGGCCCAGCUCCGGGCCGCGCUGGCCUCGCCGGAGGCCGCCGCCAAGGCCAGGGAGAUCGCCGAGGCGUACCGCGGCCGCGUCAUCAUGGUCGGCGUCGACGACGUCGACCUCUUCAAGGGCGUGAGCCUCAAGCUCCUCGCCCUGGAGAGGAUGCUGGAGGCGCACAGGGACAUGGUCCGGCAGGUGGUGCUCGUGCAGAUCAACAACCCCGCCCGCAGCCGCGGCCGCGACGCCGACGCCGUCCGCGUCGAGACGCGGCGCAUCGAGCAGCGCAUCAACAAGCGCUUCGGGCCGGCCGAGGGGUCCGACUCCGACCUGAUCGUCGUCACCAUCGACAGCCCGGUGCCCAUGUGGGAGAAGGUGGCCUACUACGCCGCCGCCGACUGCUGCGUCGUCAGCGCGGUGCGCGACGGGCUCAACCGGAUCCCCUACUUCUACACGGUGUGCCGGGAGGAGGCCCCCGGCGGCGCGCGGCGGAGCGGCGCCGUCGUGCUGUCGGAGUUCGCCGGCUGCUCGGCGGCGCUGGGCGGCGCGAUCCGCGUGAACCCGUGGGACCCGGAGGCCCUGGCCGACGCCAUGCGCGCCGCGGUCACCAUGGGCGCCGAGGAGAAGCGGGCGCGGCACCGGGCCAACUACAGCUACCUGAGCGCGCACGACGCCGCCGCCUGGGCGCGGUCGUUCGACGAGGCCCUGCGGCUCGCCUGCAGGGACCUCCCGGCGAUGAGGUUCGUCGGCCUCGGGCUCGGGAUGACCUACCGCGCCGUGGCGGUGCGGGGGCCGAGCUCCCAGCAGAUGCUCACGGCGGAGCGCGUCCGCCCGGCGUACCGCGGCGCGGCGCGCAGGCUGAUCCUGCUGGGCUGCGACGGUGCCAUGGCGCCCGAGCUGGUGGACGAGGGGGAGAGUGCUCCGAGGGAUGGAGCGCUUCGCCUCCUGGAUGAGCUGUGCGAUGAUCCGAGGAACGUCGUCUUCCUCGUCAGCGGCCGCCGCAAGGACCAGCUGGCGGCGUGGUUUGCUUCAUGCGAGAAGCUCGGCAUCUGCGCGGAGCAUGGCUACUUCACAAGGUAAAACAGCAAUUAAUGUGCAAUUUAUUAAUGAGCUCACUGCCAAAUCUAGCAACUAACCACUUGCCAAAUAGACAGACAGUACAGCUGGGAUAAUAGCGUUCGGAGACGUGUAGGCGACUGAAUGCAGACAGACACAUACUAGAAUAGACAGAUAGAUAGAUAUAUACAAGUAGGUGUGCCUCUAUCUAUCUACUACUCGUAUCUAGAGUAUCUAGUUUUAUUUUUUAGAAUAAUAGAGUAUCUAGAUUUUUUUUUUUGAGAUCAGGGUGCUGAAGAUUCAGCCCAAGUCCAUACGCCCGUGACCGGCGGCCUAUAUAGCAACGAUGAUGCAGCCCAUCAGUCAGGUUGUAGCCUGAAGGCUGUUCCAACUUCAAUCAAAGGAAAAUUUCAGCAAGAACUUCUCCCAAAUAUCUACGAGCAUAACAUACAUAACCACCUGGAGAAUGGCUUUGCUUCGCUGAAAUUGUUUUCCUCGUGCUCGCAAUUCGCUUAAGCAUAUUGGUCGUUCUUCAAUCUUUUCGCAGCGCUACCUGACAAGCUCUUGACUGAAUGAAUUCAUGUUCUUGUGCACGCCCAUGUACUUGUUUUCACCGGAUGUUGUGCUUUGUAUGCUGCAGAUUGCUGCUCUUAUCGGCAUCUUCAAUUGUGAGCGAACUGAAAAGGAGAGGAGGCUGUCUGAGUCUGACAAAACCUACUCUAAUUUUGAUGUCUGUAUUCAGAUCCGUCCUUCAAGUUGUAGCCAUUUUUUUCUC